UUUCGGACCUUCGAAGAACACCACACUAAAAAUAAUCGACUAUGCUAUGCUUUUAGCAUCGAAGGUACACUCUUCUCUUCUCAGUAGGGUUUUCAUUUUCUCCUCUGCUCCGUACUUCUUCUACUAUCUCACAUCAUCUUCAACAACGACAUCCCAUUUUCUGCCAUAACACAUGAGUCGCCACCCAGAAGUUCUUUGGGCACAGCGAUCGGACAAAGUAUAUCUGACAAUUGCUUUACCAGACGCAAAAAACAUAUCUGUAAAAUGUGAGGCAGAAGGUUUAUUCAGUUUCUCUGCAGUUGGCAUUCAAGGCGAAUCUUUUGAUUUCACUUUGCAACUCUAUGGAUCCGUUAUUCCUGAGGGGUGUAAAACUAAUGUUGGGUUGAGGAAUAUAAUAUGUUCAGUUCAGAAACAAGAAAAGGGUUGGUGGAAAAGAUUGCUAAAGAGUGAAGAAAAACCUGCACCUUAUAUUAAGGUUGAUUGGAAUAAAUGGUGUGACGAAGAUGAUGAAGAGUCUACUUCUGAUUUGGCCUCCGACGGUGAUAAUGACGCGUAUGAUGAUGAUAAUGACGAAAGCAGUGAUGAUGAUGGAAUGCUUUAUCUUCCUGAUCUAGAGAAGGCCAGGGGAAACUAGUGAAGAUGAAGUAACUAGCAAGGAAAUGACAUAGAAAGUGUGGUGUUUCAGUGAUUGCAGAAAUAUGUGGAUCAUAAGUGAAGGAGAGCAUAUUUGCUGACUACUGCUGUAACUUAAGACUUGGUACAUAUUAGACGAAUGUUAGAAAGGAGUCCUCAGCACACAGCUGCUUAAACCAGAAUUGUGUAGCGCUUGCCAGCAUUAAGGAACUUCCUGUUUUUAAUGGGAAAACGAAAAAGGUGAACUAUUUACUGGUUCGGAAGCGUUGGAGUAAUAUUUUCUAUGCUAGUUUCGAUAGUCAUAUCCAGAGCGACAUUCUUGUGGAUUUUACCUAUUUAUUCAAUGGUGCUCCAUCAUCUCAGCAUUUUUCA